AUGGGGAAGAAGUUUGGGAUGGAGAAGAAGUUUGGAAUGGAGAAGAAGCUAAAUGAAGUUAAGGAAGGAGAAGAAGUUAAGGAGGAUGGAGAAGAAGUUAGGGAAGGAGAAAAAGUGAAGAAUGAAGAACAAGUUAGGGAAGGAGAAGAAGUUAAGGAUGGAGAACAAGUUAAGAAGGAGAAGAAGAAGUUAAGGAUGGAGAAAUAG